AUGUCUACAAAGGCUAGACGCCGUCUUAUGAACGAUUUCAAGAAAAUUCAACUUGAUCCCCCUCCUGGUGUAUACGCUGUUCCACUUGAUGACAACAUAAUGAAAUGGCAUGCAAUUAUUUUGGGGCCGGAUGGCACAGCAUUCGCAGACGGUAUAUUUCGGCUAACAAUGGAGUUCACCGAGAACUAUCCUAACGUCCCACCGAUUGUGCGAUUCGUUUCCAAAAUGUUUCAUCCUAAUGUGUAUAGUGAUGGUAGUAUAUGUUUGGAUAUAUUGCAAAACAUGUGGUCUCCGUCAUAUAACAUUGGAGCAAUAUUAACAUCAUUACAAUCACUUUUGGGGGACCCGAACCCCAACUCUCCUGCAAAUACGACAGCAGCAGAAUUAUUUGAAGAAGACAAACGCCAGUAUGAAACACAAGUCCGAGCCAUUGUUGAGGAAUCGUGGCGAAACGAUGAACCUGUUGAUUGA